AGGCAGCAUUGCCACUGCCUCCAGCAGCCAGCAGCAUACCCGUCUGUCUGCCUGGGUUCCUGUCACUGUCUAUCUGUCCAUCCAGCAAGUAAUCCUUUCUCUGACCCGUUGUCUAACUGUCUUUCUCUUUUUAGCCUCUUUUCUGCUGUCCAGCCUGCCUGUAAGUCCAUUUGUUUCUGGCUUUUUCUUGUUGUCCACCUGUCUAGUUAUCUGUGGGUUCAUCUGUCAUCUUGCCCAUCCUAUCUGUGCCCACCUGCCUCCUUCUCUCCCUGAGUCGCAGAGCCAUGGCCCAGAGCCGGGGGGCCAUGGUCUGCAUAGUGCUGCUGGGGCUGGCCCUGGCCCUGGCCAUCAUCGUGCCUGCUGUGGUCCUCUCUGGCCAGCAUACUCACUGUGGCCCUCAGGCCUUCACCCAUGCUGCAGUCGCUGCUGACUCCAAGGUCUGCUCUGACAUCGGACGAGCCAUCCUCCAGCAGCACGGCUCGCCCGUGGAUGCUGCCAUCGCUGCUCUGGUCUGCACUGGCGUCGUGAACCCUCAGAGCAUGGGCCUGGGUGGGGGAGUCAUCUUCACCAUCUACAACGCAACCACAGGGAAGGCAGAGGUCAUCAAUGCCAGGGAGACGGUGCCCGCUACGUAUGUCCCGGGGCUGCUGGACCAGUGUAAGAAGGCCCACCCACUGGGCACCGGGGCCCAGUGGAUAGGGGUUCCCGGGGAGCUCCGUGGCUAUGCAGAAGCCCACCGGCGCCACGGCCGCCUGCCCUGGGCACAGCUGUUCCAGCCCACCAUCAAGCUGCUCCAAGGGGACUACCAUGUGCCUCAUGUUCUCAGUCAGUUCCUGAAUAACAGUCUGCUGCAGAAAGCCUUGCUCCAGUCAUCCUUGAAGCAGCUGUUUUUCAAUGGGACAAAUCCCCUGACAUCUGAAGACCCACUUCUGUGGCCUGCACUGAUCAAUACCCUGGAAACUGUGGCCACCAAGGGUGCAGAAGCCUUCUACAAAGGGGAUCUGGGCAAGAUGCUGGUGGAGGACAUUACCAAGGAAGGCAGUCAGCUGACUCUGCAGGACCUGGAAUCAUUCCAGCCUGAGGUGGUGGACGCACUGUCUAUGCCCCUGGAGAACUACAUCCUGUACUCACCACCACCACCAGCAGGGGGCGCCAUCCUCAGCUUCAUCCUCAAUGUGCUCAAAGGGUUCAACUUUUCCUCAGACUCCAUGGCCAGGCCUAAGGGGAGUAUAGAACUGUACCACCGCCUUGUGGAGACACUCAAGUUUGCCAUGGCACAGAGAUGGCGACUGUGGGACCCUCGCAGUCAUCAGGGAAUCCAGAAUGCCUCCCAGGUCCUGUUAGAUGAGACUCUGGCCCAGUACAUCCGCAAGACUAUCAACAACCGUGGUGACCACCAGCUCAGCCACUACAAUCUGACUGGGUUCUGGGGCCAAACGACGGGCACGGCCCAUGUGUCCGUGCUGGGAGAAGACGGCAGCGCCGUGGCGGCCACCAGCACCAUCAACACACCCUUUGGAGCGAUGGUGUACUCGCCUAAAACGGGCAUCAUCCUCAACAAUGAACUCCUGGACUUGUGCUGGAGGCACCCCCAGGGCUCGGGCGUCCCCCCCCCACCUGUUCCAGGUGAGCGGCCCCCAUCCUCCAUGGUGCCCUCCAUCUUGGUCAACAUAGCCCAGGGAUCGAAGCUGGUGAUUGGUGGGGCUGGCGGGGAGCUCAUCAUCUCCGCCGUGGCCCAGGCCAUCGUGAACAAGCUGUGGCUUGGCCUCGACCUGCAGGCAGCCAUCGCCGCUCCCAUCCUGCAUGUGAACAGAAGAGGUCUUGUGGAGUAUGAGGCCAACUUCACUCUGGAGGUGCAGCAAGGGCUCCAGGAGCGAGGCCAGAACAAGACCGAAAGACGCAUUUUCCUGAAUGUGGUCCAGGCGGUGUCCCAGGAGGGCCACUGUGUGUAUGCAGCAGCAGAUCCAAGGAAGGGCGGGGAGGCCUCAGGCUACUGAGGAAGCUGCUUCCAAGAUCCUAUCCGCCAUCAUGUGCCCAGGCUGGCCGUGGUCAUGGAGUGGAGCACCUUGGCUGGGUCUGGGCUCUGCAGCCCAGGGGUCGGCGUGGGUCUGCAAGAGAUGGGGACCAGAGCACUCCCCAGAGCCCCGGCCCUAGUCUGCCAGCUUCCUCAGGUGUCUCUCCUGGACUGUAACCCACCCUCCACUCUUUGUAUACCCUCUCCCCAUCUGUAUUUCCUCCUGUCCAAGAUUAAAGAGGAGGCCAGAGUAUAGCCUGCUUCAGAGUCAAGCCGGGAGAAUGCGCCUUCAGCAUUCACUUUAGUGCCUCUAAGUCCUCCUCAGCACACCACACAGUCGAGAAAACCAAGGACCAGAGACAGCUUUCCUGUAUAGUGCUAAGCACUCCCACUACUUUCUGGGGUUUCUGUCUGUUAGUGGGAAGGCAGGGCUGUGGCUUGGAGGCAGUUACCACCAUCUCUUGCCAAGGUCCAUCUCAGGAAACCUCAUGUGAGGAAAGACGUAAGAUCCAGACUUUCCUAGUGGCUAAGGACACAGCGCUGUGAAGCUAUUGCCAGCCACUGCAACAUGAACUCGA